AACCAACUCAACAGCAAGCGCCAAGAACCAAACUCUUCGGCCGCAGUGAACAUUGUUCAUUUUGUUGGGGUGCUGGAUAGUAAAAAACUGAACAGGAGCUGUUGCAAAAACGGUGGAACCUGCAUCCUCGGCAGCUUCUGCGCUUGUCCAGUCCACUUUGUUGGGAGAUACUGUGAGCUGGAUGAACGCCUCAAGGGAUGCGGCAAAUUUCGUGAUGGCCAGUGGGUUUUAAAGCACUGCACCUGGUGUAGGUGCAGCUAUGGUAGUCUACAUUGCAUUGAAGUAUUUGGGAAGGUUGAGAAUUGUGAUCCAGAGCAGGAUGAUGGAUUCUCUGCCAAUAGCUCCAGCCUGAAACUAACAAGACCAUUGCUGUUGUCUGUGUGCCUUGCUAUAGCAUUUGCAUUGUGAUUUCAUAAAUAUUUUAUCCUGUAUAAAUUUUAAUGGACAUAAAGGAUCCUUGGGGAGAGAUGCUGCUUUUGUAUACAUUAUUUUUCUUAAUAGACAUUACCUAUCUCUAUCUGAUGCAAGUGAUUUUUUUUUUAUAUAGGAAAGCCAAGAUGGUGAGUUUUGGCAAGUUAUUCAGCUGCCUUUGAGUCAAGUCACCACAGUCCUGAAUUAAAUCCUUCCCUCCUUCACCAAUCCUUGCAUGAUUGUACAACCAUGCAAGUUAUCAGCAAAAUGUUAUGUCACAGAUUCCUUAUCUAAAGUAAUUCGAUUCAAACGAUUCCUGACUUCUCCAUUUAAAGCUGCUUUCAUGUAAUCCUGACUGUGUUAUUUAAAUGGGUUUGUCAAAAUUUAACACCAGGAGCAAAUGGUAAUAGUAUGUAACCAUAAGUGGCUUCAAAUAUUUUGUACAUUGAAAAAUUACAUUUUUAUUUUACUGCUGUAAAUACUAUAACUUGUAAAUCUUUGAAAAGCAGUUUUAGUUAGUAUGAUACUACACUGUCAUGAAAUGCCUAAUACUACAGGGGCAGUAAAACCAGAAAUCAGUUGACUUAAAUGUCAUUCUUUCCAUUUAUUCAAAUGAAAGUGUUUUAUUUUCUGGAAAAGUUGAGCUGUCCAAUUUGAACCAGAAGAUGGGGCAAUACUUGAGUCUUUCUAAUCUAUGUACCACUGCCAUCUAAUGGAAGUUUAAUCUUCCUUUUCAACUCAGUCAAAUUGUACCACUUCAUAUGGCACUAAGUCUUUUUUUUUCCUAAGGCCUGGCUGCUUCUGUGUAGGGCAAUGCAAUUCAUGUUUUCUAGUCCGAUCUUUUUUGAUCAGAACUCUACUUUCCAGGACAUGUGCAGAUUUGUAUUUGAAGCAAAGGCAGAGUUCUUUGCCCCGUAUGCUCGUGCAUUUACUUGCUGCACCUGGUGACAAGCACAACACUAGUAUGGAUUCAGCAUUUAACAUAUGCAUUGAGUGACUUUUUAAUGCUUUAAAAGGUUAAUUUUACUAUCUCUUCUGGGUGUGUGUAGGUCAAUUAUGGCAAGAUUUAUAUUAGAUUGAGCCUCUGCAUCCAUUGAAACAAACUGCAAAUAAAGUAAGUCAUUUGGGCUUCAUUGAA